CCGGUAUUCACAAUUUGACAGUUGAAUCUGAACAUUUCUUGAUUAUUGUCGCUUGACUGAGGUUCCCUUAGGAGAGAUAAUCGCAGCAGUAUGGUAUACUACUUUACAUCGAAUGUGGUUGAGCCAUCCGCUUUUAUCUAUGUAGGGAAAGAUAAAUUUGAGAAUGAGAAUCUUAUAAAAUAUGGUUUAGAGAAGGAUGUUUGGUUUCAUGUUGAUAACCUGUCCAGUGCACAUGUCUAUCUCCGUCUCCGUGAUGGCGAAUCAUGGGACAAUAUCCCACAACCCCUUCUGGAAGACUGCGCACAGCUUACAAAGGCGAAUUCUAUUGAGGGGAAUAAAAAAGACAACAUCACGGUCAUCUAUACACCAUGGUCGAACUUGAUGAAAGAUGGGUCUAUGGCUACUGGCCAAGUCUCGUUUCACAAUCCCAAGUUGGUGCGCAAAGUUUUCGUACGAGAAAGGGAAAAUGUUAUAGUCAACCGGCUUAAUAAAACCCGCGUGGAAAAAUUUCCUGAUCUCAUGGCAGAGAAAGAGGAGUCUUUGAAAAAGAAGCAGAGAGAGGAAAGGAAGACCAGAGAAGAGCUGCGAGCAAGAGAAAAACAAGAAAAGAGGGAAAGGGAACAGUUGAAGUGGCAUAAAGAGCAUGCCUACGAUGAUCUGAUGAGCGAGGAAAACAUCGAGGCAAGCAGCAAUCAAGAUCGGGAUCCUGACUUCCUUGAUGACUUCAUGUGAUCACAAAAAUCCACUUUCCGUGGGAAACCGUCUUGUGGAUUUAUCAAACCAAUCUUUCCACUUCCAUAUCGGCUUAGGCAUAGUACUGGACGCCUGAGAGUAUUCUCACUUUGAUCACCGGUUCUACCUGGCUUCUCAUCGAAAGCCAAAGCAAACUCUGCUUAUUUUAUUUUAUUUUUCUGCUUUUAGUUGUAUAUAUCCUUUUUGAUUUAUUAGCGAUCCUGUUGGCUAUAACUGGUUCAAUAAUAUCCUUUAUGGUAAGUUUUUCAUGUUCUGUUUCUUUAACCUUUGGUCUUG